AGUCCUCCAGCCUGCCGCCUCAUGUCAUGUCCCUGCUGUGGAUCUAGAGAGCCUCAGAGUUCCUCUUUAGGAUUUCAAGGGAUCAGGACAGGUGUUGUUGUCCUCUUCUUGGACUAAUACAGCAACUCAACAGACAGAUGCCAGGGUAGGAGGGGGGAUGCCCUACCAGUACCCAUCACAAGAUGUCUGUGACACAGAGCCCCUUUGCAAUUAUUAGUACCAAUGUCACCGCUGAAGAUGUGGACAAACGAAACCCUUACGUGGUACAGUGGAACAUUGCCCUUCUCGCAAUUGUUUUUUGUUUUGCCACCUUUGGAAACUGUCUGGUUCUCUUCACCCUUCUGAGAAGACGGAAGCACAAUGCCCUCAUGCACACCUUUAUGAUUCACCUAUGCUUGGCGGACUUAGUGGUGGCUUUCUUCCAGGUUUUACCUCAACUUAUCUGGGACAUUACUGACCGCUUUCAAGGUCCAGAUUUCCUUUGCAGGUCUGUCAGGUACCUGCAAGUGGUGGGAAUGUUUGCAUCUUCUUAUAUGAUUGUGGCCAUGACUUUUGAUAGACAUCAAGCAAUCUGUCGACCUAUGAUGACUUUUAAAAAGGGCUCUGCCCGGUGGAACAUCCCUGUCUGUUUGGCAUGGGCCGCCUCCGGCAUCCUCAGUCUUCCACAGAUUUUUAUAUUCUCAAAAACAGAGGUUCAUCCAGGUGUCUAUGACUGUUGGGCAAAUUUUGUGCAGCCAUGGGGCAUUAAAGCUUAUGUGACGUGGAUAACACUGGCAGUCCUUAUCCUUCCCGCCAUUUUUAUUACCACGUGCCAAGUACUGAUUUUCCGAGAAAUCCAUAAUAGCUUAUAUUUAGGAACGGAAAGAUCACCUGGGUCAAGAAGAAAAGAAAAACCGGAGGGUGGAAUAAAUGGAGUGUCACCAGUUUCAGACACAGGGGUGACCAAAGCCAUGUCCAAGACUGUGCGGAUGACUCUUGCUAUAGUGCUAAUCUACGUGAUAUGCUGGACACCCUUUUUUAUUGCGCAGUUCUGGAAUGUCUGGAACGAGAAGUCAGGAACAAGCCACUCUGCCAUCCAGAUCCUGAUGAUACUGGCAAGCUUGAACAGCUGUACAAACCCUUGGAUCUACACCAUCUUCAGCAGCAGCGUCUCGAAGGAUGUACAUGCCAUCUUGUGUUGUGGUUGCAAGAAGAGACGACGAAAGAACUCUCUGCCUGAAGACUCCUAUUUCACCGGGUCCACCACAGUACAGAAGGAGUCGCUGUACUAAACAUGGCUUGGCAAUCAUGUGUAUGCCAAACCUGAACAGUCACGCUGAUAGGCCAAACAUGGAGGACGAUGGUGGUUGAGGAAGGCUUUUUGAAGGCCU